AUGAAGAAGGGCAUACUGACGGUGAUGUUCGAGCUGAUGCCGCGCCAGGGCCACCUGUGCAUGCACGCGUCCGCGAACGUCGGCAAGAGGGGCGACGUGACUGUGUUCUUCGGGCUGAGCGGGACGGGCAAGACGACGCUGUCCGCGGACCCGAAACGGAUGCUGAUCGGCGACGACGAGCACGUGUGGACGGACCGCGGCGUGUUCAACAUCGAGGGCGGCUGCUACGCGAAGGCGAUCGGGCUGAACCCGAAGACGGAGGAGGAGAUCUACAACGCUGUGAGGUUCGGCUCCGUGGCGGAGAACUGCACCCUGGAGAAGCUGAAGCACGAGAUCGACUUCAACGACGAGUCCAUCUCCAAGAACACGCGCGUUGCGUACCCGCUGGAGCACAUCCCCGGCGCGCUGACGCACGCGGUUGCCGGGCACCCGAGCAACGUGAUCUUCUUGACGAACGACGCGUUUGGCGUGAUGCCGCCGGUUGCGCGGCUGACGCCGGAGCAGGCGAUGUUCUGGUUCAUCAUGGGGUACACGGCGAACGUGCCCGGCGUGGAGGUGGGCAGCACGCCGGUGGCGAAGCCGAUCUUCUCGUCGUGUUUCGCCGGCCCGUUCCUUGUGCGGCACGCGACAUUCUAUGGCGAGCAGCUGGCGAAGAAGAUGACGGAGCACAACGCCCGCGUAUGGCUGCUGAACACCGGCUACGCUGGCGGGCGCGCGGACCGCGGCGCGAAGCGGAUGCCGCUGAAGGUGACGCGUGCCGUGAUCGACGCGAUUCACAACGGCAGCCUGGACAAGGAGGAGUACGGCGUGUACCCGGGCUGGGGCCUGCAGAUCCCGAAGAGGUGCGCGCGCGUGCCGGAGCAGCUGCUGGACCCGCGCAAGGCGUGGAAGGAUGUAAAGGCGUUCAACAAGACGACCGAGGAGCUGGUCUUGAUGUUCCAGGCAAGCUUCCAGAAGCGGUUUGCGGCGAAGGCGAGCGAGGCGCUGAAGUCUGCUGUGCCGAAGUACGUGGAGACGGCUCAUCUGUAG